GUGACCCUGUGGAGCGUAACAAGUGUACACAUCAGUUAUUCCGAAAAUGGGGAAAGUUCGAAAGGGAAAAGGACGCUUCUGUGUAGCCUACGGUUGCACAAGCAGCUCUGCAGACAAGCUGUCAUUUCAUUUAUUCCCAAAAUCGACAAAAGCGCCUGCAAUUAGGAGGCAGUGGAUUGCAUUUGUGAAAACUACAAGGAGAGAUUUCCUGGAGCCCUCCCGGUAUUCGGCACUUUGUGAGAAACAUUUUGAUGUUAAGUGCUACCCUUUGAAGUAUCAGUUGCUGAGGAAUAUGGGGAAGGAAGAUCAAAUAGUACUAAAGAACUUAUUACCAGACGCUGUACCAACGAUACACGUUCUCACUCCAGUGAAUGAAGUUGCCCCAACAGAGUCACAUGAAACUGCAAGUGCAACUAUUAAAGCCAACGGUGAUAAACUGCUGAGGUCUGCAUACAGGAAAAGGGAGAUUUUGAGGAUGUUACAAGAUUAUGAGACCAAGGGCCAACCAGCAGAAGAUCUGGGAGAUAGUCAUUAUACAGAGGCACAAGAUGCCAUGGAUGGUAAUGAGAAUGCAAAUUCUUCCAGAUUAGUAACAAGAGGGACCCAGCUGAAGGGAAUGAAACUGCCAAAAAGAUUAGAAGCUGAACAGUCUAGACCUAAAUCUCAAUGUAAAGUUAAUAACAACAUGAAGGCUGGCUUCGAUGGUUUACAAGUGAUGAUGGAGAGCAGUGAUAUCUGUACAGUGUCAGGGCAGCACAAUGGUGUCAAGGUUGAAACAGGUGAGGAAGCUGACAUGUUUUCCACUGGCAGCAGUGACCACCUGUUUGGCAUGGAAUCUGAGGACAUUGAAGAUAAAAACAAGAUGCCUCAGUCAAGAGAUGGGUUCACUGUGCCAGUGAGCUUUCGGGAGAAAAGAAAAUGUAUACAGCCUGAAAGGACCAACUCUGGAGAAGUCCCAUUCAGAUGCCGGUAUUGUGAAGCGCGUUUUAAUAUCAGACAGAUUUAUAAUGGACAUGAAAGGACUCACAUUGGUGAAAAUAAGCCACAUAAAUGCCAGUAUUGUGAAAAGAGUUUUAGUUUAAAGAAUCUUCGUAUAAAGCAUGAAAGGACUCACACUGGUGAAAAGCCUUACAAAUGCCAGUACUGUGAAAAGGGUUUCUUUAUCAAAAAAUAUUGUAAACAGCAUGAAAUGUGCCACACUGGAAAGAAAAUGGCCACACACCAGUCCUAUGAAGAGAAAUUUGUCAAAUAUGAUCAUGUGCAGAAGGAGUGGAUCCAAGCCUCAGAAAAUCCACACGAGAGGAAGAGCCCGUAUGUCAUCCUUACAGAUAUUUCAAAUGAGCAUAAUUAUACAGGAAAAGUGAUGACGGAGAACCAUAGUAAAUUUAUUCAAGAGGAGCCUGCCGUAAUGCAGGAUGAAACAGGGGUCUCACUUCAGUCUGUCAAGACAGAAUUUCCAGUUGAAGAUUUUGGGACAGAAGUUUCACUUAUAACUAUCAAAAAGGAAUUUCAAGCUGGGGAAAUUACACUUAGAACAAAGGAGCAAAGGGAUUUUCUCUCAGAAAUCAUUGUCAAAAAGGAGUUUGAGGAUAGCAUUGCCCCAGAAGUGAGACCUGAGAUACAUCCUGUUGCCAUGUUUAGAAAUGUUUUUGCAGAUACUGAUUUAUGAUGUGACAUACUUGUCUGAUACAUACAUUGUCUAAUACAUAAGACAAUAGCCUUAGUGGGUAUAAGAUGUGAUUAAUUAUUUAUGGUUGAACCAACGUUGAAAGAAA